CGCCGUGACCGUAUGUCGUUUCGAGACAAGGUAUUGAACCCGUUUUUAUUUUUCUUUGAUAAAAAGGCCCGCCGUACUGUUCGGGACCGGGACCAUGGUUCGCGACACCGACACACCGUCACCGUGUAUCUUGUUAUCGUAUGCUCAAAUUGUCUUCACAGAACGUGUUGUCGCCGCCGCGGUGUUAUUAUUUGUUUGAUGAUCUUUUUCAGUUAUGAUAUCUAGUUUUUUUCACUAUUUAUUUUUUAGUACAGUAGUCCUACAUAUUAAUUAUAGUUUGUGAUACACAGAUAAUUACGAGAUUUAAAAAUUAUUUGGAUUUUUCUACUUUAGAUCGCUGGUAAAUCGUGAUAAUGGGAGUUGACACUGAAUUAGUCAAAACACAUGUUCGUCCUAGGUGUUUUAUGGAUGUAGCUGUUGAUAACAUUCUUUUGGGCCGUAUUGUAUUUGAACUAUUUGAUGACUUUUGUCCUUUAACUUGUGAAAAUUUCCGAGCAUUGUGCACAGGCGAAAAAGGCUUGGGUAAAACUACUGGUAAACCUUUGCAUUACCAAGGUGUAAUAUUUCAUCGCGUUGUCAAAUCAUUCAUGGUACAAUGUGGAGAUUUUUCGACUGGAAAUGGAACAGGUGGUGAAUCUAUAUUUGGAGGAACUUUUCCAGAUGAAAAUUUUGAUUUGAAACAUGACCAGCCUUUUUUACUUUCAAUGGCUAAUCGAGGACCAGAUACAAAUGGUUCUCAAUUUUUUAUAACAACACAACCAACUCCUCACCUAGAUGGCAUACACGUGGUAUUUGGAAGAGUGGUUUCUGGUCAGCCGGUUGUUAUGCAGAUUGAAGAACUUGGAGUUGACAAAAAUUCGCGACCACUUCAAGAUGCAAAGGUGGUGAAAUGUGGAGAGCUUAUAUUGAAGUCUAAAAUUAAACAAGAAACUGAGAAAAGUGCAUCUGAUAGUGAAACAAGUUCAGAAUCGGACGAUGAAAAAAAGAGAAAACGAAAGAAGAAGAAGAAGGAAAAAGAAUCAAAAAGAAAAACAGAGAAGAAAUCGGAUCGUUUAAAAGAAGAAAAUGCUGAUGCUGAUGAAGAGGGUCAGCUACAUCCACUUGUAUCUGUUUCUAAUAUUGAUCCUGAAGAAAUUCCAGCUGGACCACCUAAUAGAUUUUUGUCUCGAGGUGGUCCUUCAUCUAUGUUUCUUAUGAAACCUCAAAAAGAUAAUGAUGAUAGACCAAAGAGAAGAAACAGAAUACGUGGUGUAACAAAAUCUGGCCGUAUUGUUAAAGGUCGUGGAACUCUUAGAUUUCGAACUCCAUCUCGUAGUAGGUCUAGAAGUUACACUCCACCCCAUUGGAGACAAGAACAAAAAAAAAUGAUAACUUUCAAUGAAUUUGAAAAGAUGGAGAUAGAACGUAAAGAAAAAGAAGAAGAAAUUAAAAGACGUGAAGAAGCCAGGAAAAAGAGGCAUGAAGAAAAAGAAAAACGCGAGAAAAGUAAAAAUGGAGAAACACCUCCAGGAUCUCCACCUAAGGGUUCUGACAAACAAAAUGAUAAAAUUGAAAUUGACAUGAUGGCUAAUAUUGAAGAUGUAUUUCAAAUAAUACGUGAUCGCAACAUCAAAAAUGGUUCAGAUAAUUAUGAUCAUAAAAAAGCAGACCAACGCGAUGUAAAAAAAAAAAGUAAAGGAGAAAAUAGAGAUAAAUUUCAAAAAAUGGAAAAGAAGUUUGAUAGACGUUCUAGGAGUCGCUCACCAAAACGUCGUUUUGAUGAUAAUUUUCGUCGUGAUAGGGUGCAAAGAGAUGGAAAUAGAUAUCGCAAAGAUGAUAGGUAUAAUAAUAAAUCAACACAAGGAGGACAAAGGAAUCGUUCUAGGGAUAGAGAACAUUUUGACAAGAAAAAGAAACAUCAUCGCAGAUCAAGCUCUAGUUCUUCACAAGAUCGUAAAAAUAAAAAAAAAAUAAGGAAUGAAAAUAGUUUUAGUUUAUCACCUGAAGUUAAAGAUUAAAUUAUUAUAUAAAAAAAUAAAGUAGCUAAUUGAACUUUAUUUCUAAUUUAAUUUUGUUUUUUUAUUUUCAAUUAAGUAUCAUUUAUUAUAUUUAAGAUGAUUCGCUGCUGAAGUUUUAGAUUAGAACUAUUGAUUACCGAAUGAUUUUGUACAUUGAAUAAUAUAAAUGUGUAAUGUAAUAGGUACAUAAUCUUAUUUUAAAUCUCAUAUUAUUAUAUUGAUACUUAAAAAUUAUUCCGACUUACAAUAAAAAAAAAAAAAGAUUAAAUAAAUACAAAAUCCAUAAAAUAUGUAUUUCAUAAUUCCAUAGUAUAAUCACUAAUAACAUAAUGUGUUAAUUGUUAAAUUAUUAUUAUAUACGUCUAGUUUUAAAAAUAACAAGAUAUCUUUAGAUAUAAUUUUUAGAAUGAAAUACAUAUAAUUUUAAUAACCUUUGUAAACAUUUAUUUUUUUAUGUAUUACAUGUUUUGACGUUUUUUAUUGUAAAAACUUUGUUCAAUAAUCAGUUCCUUUAUUAACAAUUAUAAAGAAAUACAUAACAUUUAAUCAAUGCAUCA